GCUGUCCCUUGCUGCCCAGUGCAGGCUCGACCCAGGCUGCCAGAGCUGCCCGAAGCCGGAUGCCACAGCAACCGGAACGGAGCUGAUAACACGGCGCGCACUCCUUAUCGGGCGCGAAACAGCAGUUACAGGCGCACAUGCGACGGGAAGGUGGGCAGUGGUGGGCAGAGGUGGGGUUGUUGA